AUGGGGCAAAAAUACCAUGAGAAGAUGCUUAGCAGUGCCCUCCAGCAGAAUGACUACCACUCUCAUGCUCAAUGCAGUGGGGACGGGUGCAUCUACUUUGUCCUCAUUCUGCAUGACCAAGAGGUGAAGGUCAUGAAAGAUGAAAUCAAUGCCCUCAUUAAAGAUGCUGAUUUCAAUGUUGAAUCUUUCUGGCCUGGUUUGUUUCCAAAGGCCCUGGCCAAUAUCAAGAUUGAGAGGUUCAUCUGUCACUUAGGGGCUGGUGCACCUGGUUCAGCAGCUGGAGCCAUGCCUGCUGGUAGUCCUGACUCAUCCACCACUAAUGUUCCAGUUGAGGAAAGGAAAGUAGAAGCAAAGAAUGAAGAACCUAAGGAAUCAGUUGAUGACAUAGGCUUUGGUAUUUUUGACUAA